AUGGCCAUUCAAGGCUUGGGCGUUGGAUGUAAUAGGAAAAAUUCAUCCGACGUCAUCAAAGCAACAUCAUUCAUUCUGGUAAGAACUGAUUACUUCACCAAAUGGGUAGAGGCAGUCCCUUUGAAGAAUGCGACGCAAAAAGAGGCUAAUGGAUUGGCCGAAGCAGCAAAUAAAAUUGUCAUCGGCAUUAUCCAGAAAAUGGUUGAAGAAAAUCCAAGGAAAUGGCACGCGUUGCUACCUCAAGCAUUGUGGGCCCACCGAAAUAGUAGAAAUACUUCUACUGGAUUCUCCCCUUACCAAUUAACAUUCAGGCAAGAUGCUGUGCUCCCUGCUGAAUUUGUUGUGUCUUCACCCAGAGUGACAAAUACAAUAGUGAGUAAUGAUGAGGCAUGUAUACAAGCAAUAUGGCAACAAUUGGAGGAGGUAGACACUGAUCAGUUAAAUGCUCUAGAUCGAGUAGUUAGACAAAAUGAGAUUAGGGCAAAAUAUUAUGGAAAAAGAGUGUACCCAAAGAGUUUUGCAGAAGGGGAUUUGGUGUGGAAAACAAUUUUGCCCACGUAUAAAAAGGGGGACCAGUUAAGGAAAUGGUCCCCUAAUUGGGAAGGUCCUUUCAUUAUUCACAAAGCAAUUGGAAAUAGAGCUUUCAUUAUUGUAAAUCAGGAAGGAAAGCUGGUACAUGAAAAUUUUAAUGCUAAGUAUCUGAAGAGGAACCCCUUUAAAGGGUUCGAACCUGCAGGAAAAGGUUCUUUAAUCAUCAUCCGAAAGGGUGACACAAGGGUGAUUGCCUUCUGGUUCAGAGGUCUUGUUCUGUGCGGACUUUCAUGUCUUGUAAAGAUUGGCUUUCUCGUUCAACAAGAACACGCAGCUUGGAGAGUGUUGAUGGUCGAGAUCAGAAAUGCGGGUAAGUAUAUCAAUAAAGGGUUCAUAACUGGUGGAUACGCGUUCCAUUAA